ACAAAGACAAACCCACACAAGACAGCGAGCCUGAAGUAUAAAACAACUCGCUCGACUCAAACACAUAUCAUCAUGACAGCAGGGGCGGUGGCGGCGCCGCGCAUCAUUCCCAUCAUGCAUCUGGACAGACUACGGGCAAAAAAUCACAUUGACACCAGUACACAUGUGUGCAUUCAGUCAGACACGCGAGACACGCAGGUCUUCUUCACGCUGGACGGCUCCAAGCCGCUCAGAGACCACGGGGGGUCAGGAAGAGUCAGUGGGCGGUACUGCGAGCCCUUCCUGCUGCCCGCCGGCCGCAUCUGCAUCCGCGCCAUGGCCGCCACCAGCGACGGCCGAGAGAGCGCCACCGUGACCAAAGUCUUCCUGGUCCAGCAGGAUGAGAAGGCGGAGCCAAGCAGACUUUCAUCUUACAUGCAGGAAGCCUGGCAUCAGCAGCACUCUGCAGGUGACAAAGACUCACCUGUCAGCACACGCUCGGUAGAAGAUCCUCUUUCUUCUUCAGGAUCCAAGAUGGCCGCCUCCGCUCCACGUUUCCUCAGAAGUCGUCAGGCUGUGCCCGCUGCCACGCCGAGUGCUUCGCCAAACCCCCAGUCUGAGCGUGCAGGUUUGCUUCAGCAGACGAGACGCACGCAAAGACAAGCUGACUUCCUGCGGUGUGCACACUGUGUGACCUUUCCACCAUCACACCCCUUGGCCACUUUCUGUACUCGGUGUGGCGUCACGCUGCCCCCUGCUGGAGGAGGACAGUUGGUGUGUUGUGUGUCGUGUAACACCCAAGUUCCUGUCAACACACCUUUUUGUUUAAUAUGCCACGCCUCCAUCAAGCAGCAGCUUCUCCACCAGUCCAGCCUGCAGGAUCACGUUGUGUGUUCAUGUUGUGGACAAAGGAAUCCAGCAGACAUGUCAAAGUGUCUGACGUGUGAGACUGAACUACACACGGUAACACACACACACACACACACACACACAAGGAUACUAUUGUAUGUGUGUGUGUGUGUUGUCCUGGUGCAGACAGCGUUGGAGACAAAUAGCGCCCCUCCAGUCCCAUCGACACACAACAGGAAGUUGACUUGCUCCAAAUGUAAACGACUGAACAACAAUGAUGCUCGUUACUGUGACUGGUGUGGCUGCAAGGUGCAGUGUGUCAGCAGUGUGUUGUGUGGUGGGUGUGGCACUGAUGGCGGCACACACCACACCUGCGCUGCUCCCUUGACUUCCUGUGAUGACCUCAUACAACCUUCAGCUCAUCAGACUGCUCAAACCACGCCCUCCUCUCUGAAGUUAGGCCCGCCCACUAGAGCACAGCACACACAGACCAUAGGACUACAUUACCCAUCAGCCACUGCACUGGGCAAAAAGCAGCAGACUGUCAGCAAACAAACACUUACUGCUAUCAGCCCAGGAAGAGGAUACUGGAGGAGGCAGCUGGAUCACGUGUGUGCUCACCUGAGGAGUUUUGCACAGAACAACGCCCCCUUCAGGACUCUGAUGGGAGAGCCCCGCCUUGGCAGGAUGGUUUCUGCGGUGCUUGAAGAAGACGCCCACGAGGUCAGUGUGACCAUCAGCUUCAUGGCGGCCUCACAGGAAGUCAGACAGGAAGUCAGGCGUGUGAGUUCCAACACCUUGAGCAGCGUGACAGAGAGGAGUGGAAGUGGAAAGAAAACAAGUGUGACGGUGAGGGACAGUCUGCCGCAGGAAGUGGGUCCAGCACGUGGUCACCAGCUCCUGGAUCAGGGGGCGGACCCACACUGCUGUGGGAGCGUCCUGGCCACCGCCCAUCACCAAGCGCUUCCUGUGUUGGCAGACCAGCCAUCUGGAACGGUGAAGACCACGGCGCCGCACCAGGCCGCCAUGCUGGCUUCUGCUCAGCUGUAAGGCGGCCACCUACCUUCCAGACAAAGAUGGCGUACCACGUGGCCGGCUGCGACCCCAUCACGUCUCUGGACCCCGCCUCCUCAGGGCACACGUUGCCAUGACGACCAAAAGAUUGACUCAAAGCACACAGUCCUUAUCUCAUCUUUAUUGUUCAAAGAACACCCGACUUACUCAGCGGCGCAGGCGUAGAAAAAAGGCGUGGCGACACUCGGCGCUGUCCAGCGGGUAGUACUUGUCGUAAAAGUCCAGGAUGUACUCCUCGGCCUUGAAGCCAAACUUCUGGUAGAGCAACAUGGCGGCGUUGCUGGCGGACACGUGCAGCGUCACGUCCUUGCCCAUGCAGGUCUGAAAGUAGCCACGCCCAUCAGCAGCAGGAAGACAAGAGGUGCACGCUGAGGCGCUCACCUGGAUGAGGUGGUAGAUGAUGAAGGUGCCGAUGCCCGCUCGCCGCCACUCGGGGUGCACCAGCAGGAAGGAGAUAUAGGCCUGGUUGUACUUGACGUCCGGCACCAUGAAGCCGAAGCCCACCACCACUUUCUUGUAGAGGACCACCACGCUGAAGUCCGGGUACUGCAGGCACUCCGACAGGUCGGCUCCUGCGCACAAGGGCAUGCUGCUGGCGGCCUGCUGCUGGUGGCGUGCUGCCGGCGGCGUGCUCACCUGGCCAGAAGUGCUGGUGACACAUGGCGUUGACGGCAGGGAUGUGGUCGGGCCUCACGUAGCAGUAGUCGAUGGGGGCGUCGGCUUCAGGGGGGCGGUCCUUCCUGCGCGCUCGGAUCUCAGCCAGCAGCCUCAUCUUCAGCGGCCGACUCUCGUAGUCGCGCCUACAAGUUGGGGUCAGAGGUCAGGGGCGGACCAUUACCUGUUGGGAGCCACUCACCUGAUGUAGGGUUUGAGGAGGCGGGACGUGUAAGGGCUCCUGAUGCUUUCCUCCAAAGCGCCAGUUGCUCCCAUCAGUCGAUAGCAGAAGGACACCUGCGGCGCAGGUAAGCCCCUCCCAGCGGACCCCUUCACCUGUGGGCACAUGUGGGAACACGUGGCUAUUGUGUCCGUACACCUGCACUUCCUGUCACAUGGUAUUUACCUGGAAGCGGUCUAGGACCCGCAGCUCCUGGCUGUCUGUGGCAAAUUGACCACCGCCCACCUCCAGAGCUCUGUAGACUCCUCCCACCAGGCUGAGGGCGGAGCUGACGGCCCGGUCGAUGUCCAGCAGGGGGAGCCCUCGCUGCCUCUUGGCCUGGCGGAGCAGCAGCUUGCGGCGGAGGCGUUUGGCCUGCGGCGUGACAGCGAGCGCCAAAGGGCAGGUGUCCAAACGCCGCCGGAGCAUCCUCUCCUCGUAUAGGCUGAGGGGCGAGAAGAGAGAGCUGCGGGGGGCGCCGCCCACAUCACUCCUCUCGCAAUGCCCCUCCCUCCUCCGAUGGGACCCAUCAACAACGCCGCUGGAAAAAGGCGGGCCCACGGGUUCCUCCUCACGCUCGUCCUCGCUGUCCGCUUCACGCUUGAUGUGAGGCGCCGCUGGGCGGAGUUUCUUGCGGCCAAUGAGAAUGGUGGCGGGAGGAGGGGUGUCCUCCAUCCCUGGGUCUAUCAUCCCAUCCGCCUCCAUCUCCUCGUCAUCUGAAAACAGUCAAAGUGGGUGUGGCCUGCACGUCACAUGACUUGUCAACUCACCGUGGAAGAGCGCCUGAGGUGGCAUGGCGUCCGGGAUGAGGUCCGCCUCCGACAGCAGACUGGGCGUGGCCGAGUGGGAGGCCGGCGUCCCGGGGGCGGAGAAGUCCAGUGAGGGUGACGGCGAAGGACUGGUCAGCGGCGUUCUAUCUGAAGAACUGAGGGAGGAGAAGUCCACCACCUCGCCUUUCUCCAGGACGCGCCCCGCGCCCACCUUGACUGGCGUGCCCGCCUCCUUCUGAGCACGUCGGAUGUCUUUGGCCUCCUGAGUCCGCGAGCGCUUCUCCUUCAGCUGCAUGGCGCUCUCCACCGGGUUCCUGGCGCCGCGCUUCCUCAGACCUUCCACCGUGAUGAUGGGCUCCACCGCCGCUUUGGACGCUGUGGACAAGCAAGAUGAGCAGGAUGUGGACCGCUGCGCCGCUCUGAGCAGCCUCACCUUUGACCUUAGGGCGGGACUUGUCGCUGUCGGGCCGCAGGGUCGGAGGUCGGUUGUGGACCAACUUCCACCAACCCGGCUCGCUGAACUCCUGCGCACCUGAGCGGAAGAAGGCGGGACUACCGACCGACAGACAGCCGGCCACCGUGCUCCACCACGUGGACGUCUUCUUCCUGCCAGGCGACAACACGUCAGUCAGCCGCCGCAGGAGCACACCUGACAGGAAGUCACCUGCAUCCUAGGAGGAAGUUCCAGUGUCGGCCGAUGAAGGCGCAGAUGUCCUCCUUCCAGCGGAAGUAGCCUUGGCGCCCGCUGCCCUCCAGGGACAGAUUGUACAUGGCCAGCAUGACCACCUGAGGAACACAGGCUUUAGCAAGUCUGACUGGCAAAGAGUCCUAGUCCAGUCCUCGUCUAAUCCCAGUCCAGAUUGUACAUGGCCAGC